CACCGACACACUUAUCGUGAGGCCGCCCCCUCGCCUCAGUCUCCCUCACCAGCACCAUGCCGUCCAGCAGCGCAAUAUGCGGGCCGCAGCAGGCUCAACUGCUGCAGGGCAGGCAGCGCAGCGGCAAGGCGGCUCGGCGGCCGGUGGUGGUGCAUGCCAGCGCGCCGCCGCCACCCGCGUGGCCGGGCCGGGUGCCGGUUCCCGAGACGCUGCCCCAGCGCGACGGGCCCAAGAAGUUCUCGCUGCUGGGCUCCACCGGCAGCAUCGGCACCCAGACGCUGGACAUCGUGGCGGAGCACCCCGACAAGUUUGCGGUGACCGCGCUGGCGGCGGGGGGCAACCUGGAGCUGCUGGCGCAGCAGAUCCGCCAGUUCCAGCCCGCGCUGGUGUCGGUGCGCGACGGCGGCAAGGUGGCGGCGCUGCGGGAGCUGAUCAAGGGCGCGCCGCGGCAGCCCGAGAUCCUGGUGGGCGAGGAGGGCAUCUGCGCGGUGGCGGCGCACGGCGAGGCCGACUCGUGCGUGACGGGCAUCGUGGGGUGCGCGGGCCUCAAGCCCACCGUGGCCGCCAUCGAGGCGGGCAAGGACAUCUGCCUGGCCAACAAGGAGACGCUGAUUGCGGGGGGGCCCUUUGUGCUGCCGCUGGCCAAGAAGCACGGCGUGCACAUCCUGCCCGCCGACUCGGAGCACUCGGCCAUCUUCCAGUGCCUGCAGGGCCUGCCCGAGGGCGGCAUGCGGCGCAUCAUCCUCACCGCCAGCGGCGGCGCCUUCCGCGACCUGCCCGUCGACAAGCUGCCGGGCGUGACCAAGGCGGAUGCGCUGAAGCACCCCAACUGGUCCAUGGGGCCCAAGAUCACGGUGGACUCGGCCACGCUGAUGAACAAGGGUCUGGAGGUGAUUGAGGCGCACUACCUGUUUGGCGCGGCGUACGACGCCAUCGACAUCGUCAUCCACCCCCAGUCCAUCAUCCACUCCAUGGUGGAGACCGCCGACUCGAGCGUGCUGGCGCAGCUGGGCUGGCCCGACAUGCGGCUGCCCAUCCUGUACACCAUGUCGUGGCCCGCGCGGGUGCCCUGCAGCGAGCAGACCUGGCCGCGCCUGGACUUCAUCAAGAUGGGGGACCUCACCUUCAGGGCCCCCGACCACGCCAAGUAUCCCUCCAUGAAGCUGGCGUACGCCUCGGGGCGCGCCGGCGGCACCAUGACGGGCGUGAUGAGCGCGGCCAACGAGCAGGCCGUGGAGCUGUUCCUGGCUGACCGCAUCGGCUACCUGGACAUCAUGCGGGUGGUGGAGGCGUGCUGCGAGGCGCACGCUGCCGACCUGGUGGCGGUGCCCAGCCUGGAGGAGAUCGUGCACUACGAUGCCUGGGCGCGCCGCCACGUGGCGGAGAGCGUGAACAAGAGCCAGGGGCUGGCGGUGGCAGCCUGAGGCGGCAAGCGGGGCGUCCUCGCCCAGUCUUUCAUUCUCUUUGCUGCUGCAUCGCAUUGCUGCUUAUGCUCACAUUUGUUUCUCGCACGGUACUGUAACCCCCUCAUUC